UGGUUACAUAAUAUAACCCCGGUUACUGAUUCUUGGUAUUCUUGGUAUAUUACGUUUGUAGAUAAACGAGAAACUGUAAACCACGAACUAUGAUUAUAAUCAUAGUUCGUGUUUUGUGUCAAUAAUUAAUUUUUUUUUUUAAAAAGAGGGACGUUAUGUUGGUACCACUGUCCUUCAACGUAUGUGUGCGUGUGUUUGUUUGUGUGUGUAUGUGUGUGCGUCGAGAGAAAAGACGCCAUAUUAUAUAUUGUUUUUGUAACGACCGUCGAUCACACAUCUGCUGUUCUCAUGUCAGACAUCAGACGUCAUCCUAUACCAGAAAGGUUAUUCAAAAAAGUUGAUCUAUUAUUUUUUUAAAGGUCGUACAAAAUUGACACAGAAUCGAAAUUUUUAAAGAAGACGAUGAAUUUUUUAAAAGCAGUUAUUUUAUUAUGGACCGGCAUCAUAGUUUUCCAUGCAUCGGUGACCGCUAUUGUGGUUGAUGAUAUGGAAAUAAGUGCAGUAAAAAUAAACACUUGUAGAGGAGUGUUUGAAAGUUUUGAAGUAGAAUUUGCUUUAAUACGUAAUGAGAGGACCCAGGAACGCUUGUAUUGGGCGGGCAUCGAUCCAAAAAGAACUCAUGGAGCACGAGAACGUUUAAUAAUAACUUUUAAUCAAUCGCCGUGUAAUGAAGAAAUACAGCGUAAAUUUCAAAAAAUUGAAUCGCCUGUAAAGGUCUAAAAAGAAGAAUACUGGAGUUAACAGCAAGCAAUUACAAUUCAAUCCAUCACAAAAAGAAAUGUCAAAUAAAUUAAUAAAUGGAUAGGUAUUCAUUACUUAUAACUUUUUAUAUAAUUAUUUACAUUAACAUAAUUAUUAUGAUCAGCUGUAAACUUCGGUAUUGCUAAGUUAUAUAAUAUUUGUUUUAGGUUACACCAUUUCUCUUUUAAGAAAUUAUUUUUUAUUAUAUUGACAAUCACAUAAUAGAUUUUCAUGUUUUACUUCUUUGUUGAGCAAUAAAUGUAAAGAUUUUACAAUAAUGGGUUUAUUUAGUUGGUGUAUGAAGAUAAGUACCUACAUUAACUUUAAGGAAAAACGAUAACUUUGAACACCAAGUCAGUUUUCUUCAAUUGUUGAGGUGUGCAUUUUUGAGCGGUUUCUUAAUUAGAAUUUUCUAGAAUUGGUAUAUUAUUGUAAUUUAUAUAAUACUAUUACUCUUUUGUGAUAUAUAAGGAUAUUUACUUAUUUUAUCAAUGUAGUUAUGUAAUAUUACAUUUUAAUUUUUAAAUAAAAACAUAGAAGGAUACAAGGAUCCUGAUAAUAUGUUUCUCUUAGCUGAAUUAAUAAUUCCUAAAAUCAUAUGUAACAUUAUUUUUAAGUAUUUAAAAAUGUACAUUUACAGAGGCAAGAGUUGGCAUUUUAAUAUUUGUUUGGUUAGGUCAAUAACCAUUCUAAUAAGUAUAAAAAUGUGGCACACUUCGCUCGAUAGGUUCCACAACUAGCAUUUAAUAUUAUUUUACUAUUAAUAUCAAGCAAACUGUAUCAGUUUUUAUGAACAUAUAACUUCUUCAAUUUAAACCAUAACUCAGAUGAGUCAGAUCAAUAUAUAUUUAACUCAACUUGUACUCUGCAGGAAAAUAAUUGUCUAUAGAUCGUAUGGAAAAAUUUGUAAAAACUAAAUCUUAUAUUAAUGUGAACUGUAAUAUUGAAAACUUGAAAAUAAUUUGCACCCCUGAAAGAAUAAUGACACAAAUCAAAAUAUCAAAAUGUGGGGAAAUCGACUUUUAAUGUUUCAUUAUGUACUUCAGUCAUUAUCAAUAGGAUAGAAAACGUGACAUUCUUUAAAUAGUUUAUGAUUAUAAGAUGUAUUGAUACAAUUUCUAGCUUUUCUUAUGUAUAGUAAAUUAAGUUA